GUAUAGUUAAUUGAAUGAUGAAAGUGGGGAAGUCAUGAGAUUGACAGAUGGUUGUGUGUUAAAACAUUUUCGUUCCUUAAACAGGUCUCUGAAAAGAGGAUAGAGAUGGCUGACGCCGAUGGAAUCGUGCGUGGUCCUCGCGCCACGCCAGAAGAUAUCAUUAAGGCAUUGGAACAAAGAGAGUUGGCACGACUUCAAGUGUCGAAAGUUAACAUAUUUCAUUUUAACGGGGACAGAGUGUCCGAGUGGCUCGAGCUGCUGGAGCAAGUCACUAGUGAGGCAUCAGAGUCGGAUAAGUUCAAACUGAUGCCUAGAUAUGUCUGGUGGGAGCUCAGACCAGAGGUGAUGAAAGUGGCGGUCGGUGCAAAUGGCGAGUGGGCAAAGUUUAAAGAGGAAAUGCAGCGGCGCUUCAAGUUGGGAGACAACCCAUUAACGAAAGCAGAUUUAGAGAUGCUAGGCCGGAACGAGUUUACCACGGUGGCCUCCACGCCUAGAUCCGGGAUGGCCUCGAGGCCAUCAUCAAGGGCUAGAAGAGCAGCUUUGGCGGCGCGCACGAGGUCGAAAGGGCCACCUAAUUCUAGCCAACCUCCUCAGGAUAACCCGGAACCUAGUGGCGAGAAGGAGGCGAUGGAAGUUCCAGAAGAUGAAGAGGACGAGGAUGAGAAGUUUAGGCGAGAAGAAAAUAAGAAAGUCGACGAACGGACAAAGAAGAGAGGCAGAAGGGCCGGCGCUGACAAGGACCAGAAGGGAAAGAAGAAGAAGUAUACGGUCCGGUUGGAGGAAGGUUUCGACGUGGAGAGUAUGGUCGACAGGCUCCUCGAGGGCCACAAGGAUCUUUUGAACCCGAAGGACAUCCUCGCCUCUGCUCCAAAGCUACGGGACGAACUAAAGGCUCGAUUGUCCAGAAGCCGGUUUGUAUUGACGGUGGACCCAACUGCUCUAGCUGGUUCUCUUAAGAACUUCCCUCCUUCAGAUCCAACUAUCGCCAGGUGGCUAGCAUACAUCUGGAUGUUUGAUUUCGAGUUAGAGCGAAUUCUUGGGAACAAGAAUAGAGCAGAUGGGUUGAGUCGACUCGAUUGGGAUAAGAAUAACCAAGGAGUAAUCGAGGAUACUCCACCAGUCGACGGGUUUCUGGAUAGUGAGGAGGAUGUGAGACUCCAUAUCAAGUCCUGGUCACUGGCCGUGGAUAACUAUAUUACUCCUGGGCGACCUGUAUGGGUUGCACCUCCAGGACAUGUACGACGGCCAGACCUAGUCCUCAAACCUUAUAUUGAAGAAAACUCUUGGGGAAUGCCACGGGUAGAAUGGAUGAUGGAUCUGGCCCUAGCAAACAAGUAUCAACUACAUGAGGACCUGCUCACGAUUGAGAAUGGGGCGCAGCAGGUGGAAAAACACGAGAAAUUGGUAUGCGGGGACCUCGAGACGAAUCUGACCUUUGAGGAAUUGCUUGAUCUAAGGGCACGUCAGAUUGGCGCCAUGGAGGACAGAAUUGAAGAGGCGGCAAGUAGGGUGGCGGACAGUCGUACCAAGGACAAGUUCAGGUGGGAUAAGAUGGCAAGGGUAAGGAAAGAGCCUCUCAAGGUGGGAGAUAUUGGGUUCCUAAACUACUCAUCCUUGGAGAAGCAGUGGUCGCGGAAGUUGGACAAGAGGUGGCGGGGAUCAUACAGGGUCACAAGGAGUGGUGAGCAUGGAGUCUACCAAAUUAAGGAGCUGAAUAGGACGGCUUGGAAAGACUGGGUGUCAGGCUGGAGGUUAAAGAAGUUCGUCGCUCGAGACGAGGUGAGCAUGGAUCUCACCAGUUAGAGUCACCCUUUUGAGUACUUACAUAGGGAUAUUAGUAUAAGUAAAUUUUAUAGGAUGUU